AAGAAAUUGAAACAGAAAGGAAUAAUUUGCUUCUGGAGUGAAGAUAUUUAUAAUCAGCCAGCUAUUAAGACAAAACUAAAAGCGCAGAGUAUUACUACAAAAGAUGUCGAUAGGAUUAUUAAUAGUAGAAUUUAG